GGUAAAAGAAAGACCAAGAGAAAGCCCCAAAAGAAGCUCAAGGAUAAGCUAGACGUCCAGUUUAAUUGUCUCUUUUGUAAUCAUGAAAAUAGUAUCGAAUGUAAAAUUGAUCAUGCAAAUAAGGUAGGUUUUCUAUCCUGCAAGAUCUGCGACAUUACCUGGCAGUGCACCGUCACUUAUUUGGAUGAGCCCGUUGAUGUCUAUUCAGGCUGGAUUGAUGCAUGUGAGGAAGUGAAUAAACAAAAGAAGCUCCAAGCAAUGAAGCAAAGGGGUCCAUCAAGUAGAGAUGAUUCAAGGUCACCACCACCUCAAAAUCGUUUGGAUCCUUUUGAUGAAGACGAUGAUGAUGAUUAUUAA